GAGGCGCGGGCGGAUGCCAAACCGGCGGCGGGACCGGCGUUUGAGACCCUGGGCUGGCCUUGGGGACCGAAUGGGGAAACGGGGGCUACUUUAGAUGGUCGUUGAAACUGUGACAAGCCGCCCAGAAUCGGUGCUGCGUUUCUUUUCCUGACUGCAAGCUGCUUUAAAAUGCCUUUACAUAUAAUGAUUUCCUCUUGCUAACCAGCCCUGGGACCUUAGGAAUGAUAGAAUUGUAGAGCCGGAAAGGGGUCCCUAGGGUCAUCUAGUCCAACCCCCUGCCAUGCAGGAAUCUCAACAAAUUGCGAAGGGUGUGUAGUUAAUAAUUAUAACAGGUGGGACCCUGUACUUCUGCCCUAAAGUCCUGCCUUGUUGGCACCACCAGGUAUGGUCGCUGAAGUUGCAUCUGCAUGACUAGGACUGUGGCAGCAUCCUGUGGGGGCUUGAACCUGGUAACAGAGGGACUUGGCGUAUCCCCCUGAUGGCAGCCAGAGUCUGAAGGGGCCACUCCUCAACAGCCUUGGUGUGGGUCUCUAGGUCGAGGGGCAGUGUUGCCCAGUCUUAACUCCUCACAGGAUAACAGACAGAAGCCCUCCCUCUUGGUGAUAAUUUCCCCUUUCCAAUGGGAUCCCAGCUGCUGCUAUAGCAGGUUUUCCUCUCUAAAGCCAGGAUGGGGGAAACUGUGGCACUCUGGAUGUUGUUGAGUUGACAAUCAAGAAUAAUUAGAGUUGUUGUCUAGCGACACGUGGAGGCCUGUGGAUUCCUUGGCCUUAUUCUGAGGAAGGCCUGUGUCAUGUAGUGACAGGGGAGACCCAGGUUCAACCCACUUCCCUCCAGUCAUUUGUGAAGCCCACUCUGUAGGCUGUUCAUAUCCUAAUCCACCUCACAGGGUUGUUGUGAUGGUAAAAUGCACAUGGGGUUAGAGUGGGAACAACUAGAGUACAUAUAUUUGCCCUGGCCUCUUGGGAGGUUAUUGUGCUGAUUACUGCCAGAGUGGGUGUGAAAGCUGAUUAAAUUGCAGCAGGACAUUUCAGAAAUUAUCCCUUUGGGGUUUGGGAACAUUUGUUUGCACUGCCUGGUGUAGCAGGAUAGUUAAAAUAAAUAAACAAAAAACCUGUUUUGCUGAUGAGAGAAUUAUAGUUGAGAGACUACUUGCUCGAUGUCACUCAAUUGGUGAGCCAAUCGAUUCAGGCUCAAUUCUCAAAGGCCUUCUCUGUGUUGGCACCCUGUUUACAGGGUGCAUUCCUUUCAGUGGUACGGUUGCUGCUGAUUCUUUUUCUUUGGGCACCAACUUAAGGCGGAUCUAUCUACUCAGGCUUUUGGAGGAUGCUAAUUCAGCCAGCCUUGUAACAGAAAUAAGGAGUUGUGCUGCAGUCUUAACGAUUCUUAAUGUUUGUUGUAUUCUGCUUACAAUAUUUUAUCCGCUCUGUUGUUUUUGUGACAUGGAAUGAUUGUUUGUGGUUGUCCUGGGGUCAUGAAUGAUGAGGGGUGGGUCAGAAAUAUUGUAAAUAAUAAUCAAAGCGAAAGGCUGGAUCCUAACCCUUUUCACUCUUAUAAAGCUAGGGCAUUAUGAGGAUGGACAGGCUGCAAGAAUGAGUUCAGUUUUUGGAGAUGAGCUGAUGCCUGGACUCGGGUGCUUCUGCAAGAUAGCAAGGAACACGUCUAAAAAUAUUUCGAUCUGGUGGCCUUUUUGGAUGCUUGAGCUAUUGCUAAAAAGUUCCUUUUAACUCUGGAAUUAAAGCCUUGAUGCUUCCUGUCAAUGCCCAACUCUCCUCCAGGUUUAAGAGUGAUGCCUACUGUCCGGAGACACACAUCCCAGUUGCUAAAAUUGCAUCAUACGGCCGUGUUGGGCAGGGAGAGGUUGAGUGGCAGAUUUGGAAGCCGUGGUGGCUUGCCAUUUCUCCAUACACAAUCCUGGCUUUGUUGCUGCUGAGUUGAAGAACUAAACUGACGAGGAAGCUUCUGCCCCGUUUCUGAUUCCCAAGAGCCCAACAGGGAAGGUCACGGGAGACGAGUGAGGCGUGUUUUGCAGCAGACACAUGUGGGCUUGUGUGUGUUAAUGAUUCCCAGGUGGAAGUUUUGUAAGCCUGCACGAAACCAAUGCAUGAGAAAGCAGGGCUCAUGCACAGCCUGGACAAACUGGAGGCAUUACACAAGGAAAAGAGCUUGGAUUCUCCAAAUGGCAGCCUGCACCUGAGUGAUGCCAUAAAGGAGGAGGAGUUAAAGAAAUGCCGCAGCGAAGUCACGCCUCCAAAUAAAUACAACUCUCAGUACCACAAGUUGUUCAAGGACAUCCCUACCGAGGAGAGUGUGCUGAAAGUCUGCUCCUGUGCUCUCCAGAGAGACAUCCUUAUCCAAGGCCGCCUCUACAUCUCCCCAAACUGGCUCUGUUUCUAUGCAAACCUUUUUGGGAAGGAUAUCAAGGUUGUCAUUCCUGUUGUCUCUGUCCAACUGAUAAAAAAGCACAAAACAGCUCGCCUGUUGCCAAAUGGACUUGCUAUCACCACCAAUGCCAGCCGAAAGUACAUCUUCGUGUCCCUGAUCUCUAGAGACAGUGUGUACGAUGUGCUGCGGAGAGUCUGCACCCACUUGCAGGUCUCAAGCAAAAAGAGCCUGAGCUUGAAGGAACUGACUGAAGAACCUGACACCGUUUCACUGGAGGUGAUUGUCCCAGAAGUGAAGUGGAGGAAGGGCUCGCCGGCUUCGUUGUCCCUGGCCCUCCCAGAUGCAGGCUUCCAGUGCAUCCACCGGGCAUCUAUCAGCAGCCUCAGCACAAAGGAGAGCUCUUGUAACUCAGAGGAGCCCCUAGUAUCAGAAAGUGCAAUAAACACUGAAGAGGAGUUGGAGGUGGAGCAGAGCUACCAAGCAGAGUUGAGGCCAUCUGAUUACCAGCUGCUGAAAAUCUUCAUUGUCUUGAUCUGCCUCCUGGUGGUGUCCUCCUCCUACCUGGCUUUUCGCAUCUUCCGCCUGGAGCAGCAGCUCUGCUCUUUGAACCGGGACUAUCUCUCACGUGUGCCCCGGAGGUGACUGUGGGCUCAAUAAAGACAACAAUGGAGAAAACAGCACCCGCAAACAUAGAUCUGUGCUGCGUCCAAGGAGUUAACACAACUGCUGUGAAGCCACAGCAAAUGAGCCCCAUGCUCUUCCUCUGUGCUCCUCCUGGACCAAAGCUCUCUGCUUCUGGUGGCGAAAUCUAGAAGUGCUUUCUUGCUGUCAGCAACCCAUUGGGAUGCUUGGCCAACAGUAGCCAAUGCAGCAGCCUCCAGAUGUUGUUGGGCGAUGACGUCCAUUGUCCCUGGCUGUUGGCGGGAGUCCAGCAACAUCUAGAGGGGACUGUGCUGGCUGCCAAACAGGCUGUACAUGGGUAGCAGUGGUGCUUGUGAGAGUUGCCAAGGGUUGCCAGUGUGAUAGUGUCUUCAUUGAUGAUGUCUCUGGCCGUACCUUCCAAAGGCUCUUCAGCCACUGAAUACGUUGGGACGCUUGCUCUCUAGAGUGGCAAGAAAAUUUGGAACUGCAGGACUUCCUCUGAGGCUCCCCUCUGUAUUUCAGAACUGCAAUGUCUUCCUGGGGCUUUGCUCCAGAAGGGCUGACUGUUACCACCAGCAAACUGUUGUGGCUGGUCCUCUGUCACAUCCUAAUGCAUCCUAGCAAGGUCUGGAGAAGUAGCUGGACUCUGGACUGCUGCUAGUUCUCGCUGCUUUCUUUCCCCUGCAGGAAAGGGGCAGCGGGAGAAAGUUGGUGUUGGAUUUUUUUUGCUGCAGCGGAAAGCUCUGCCUUGGAAGGAAGACGGACGUAUCCUUUGCCCAGGGCAGUGAAAUCAUCUCCAUUAGAAUCCAUCUUCUUGCACUAACAGGAUUCCUGUCGUCCAGGGGAUGCUGCUGGAGCAAUUCUGGUGGCCCUGCAAAAUUACUGUAACCGCUGCAGCAACGUUCAGCUAAGGGAACCUGCAAACUGCCAGGCAGGCCCUGAACACUCAUGGAAAGACGCCAUGGGUAUGCACUUUCUGGGGACAGAUAUGACUUAGGGGUGCAUGUGGCCCUCGAAGCACUUUACAUGGGUCUGCCCCACUUAACCCAAGGGCUUUGCAGCUUGGCACGGACACGAGGAAGCAGAGACAGGGGGCUUGGCUGGGGUAAAGCAAGCUGAUUGCUCCAUUUCUUUGUCGCAGGGGAGGUUUGUGGUCCUUUGCACAUGCGCCAGCUCUCUCCUCGGAAGCAGGUAGAGCCAAGGCCAUGCCCCCUUCCAUCGUUCUGCAGCACAACAAAAGGCAGCUCUCUGAACUCCAAGCCCUUGAGAGGCCAAUUCAUAUGCAGGCUUGGAGUCAGCCAUCUGCAUCCCUAGCCAUGGAAGCCUUGAAUGGCUUGUUUAGAUGACUUGGGCUGUGAUUGGGGGCAGGGGGAGAGGGUUUGUCUGCUCCCAUCACUGCUACUGCCCUGGACAAACUGGGAGAGUUGGCCAAGGGUAGCAUCAUGGAGGCAGAACACCCAGGGAGCAGUUAAGAACAUCGGAAGAACCCUGAUGGGUAACUGUGAGAAGCCCCAUUGGAUCACCGAGAAGCCAGGAUCCUGGCCCAUGAGAGUGAGGACCAUGCUGAAGAAGCUGGUUGUCUUCGCAAGCAAAGUUCUCCCAAGAUGGACAUGAGGCCACGUGAAUGAACGCCUCUGUAGCACAGACUGAAUGAAUGAACGAGUGUAUGAGCUAGUGUGUGGCCUUCAAAUACAGAGCAAGCAGACCACUUUGGGAACGGUCCCGUUCAGGAGGAAGUGGGCCCUAGCUGUGGGACGUUAAGGGACCUGGGAUCCUCUUGGGGUUUAAAGGCAUAGCUUUUCAAACUUCCUGCUUUCUGGGAACCCUUUCCUUGUGGUCUGGUCUGCCGGGAAAGUUCCUUCACAUCUUCCAGUAGACCACCUUGAGUGUCGUGUAAAGAUUUCAGCGCAUGUUCCUGGGUAUAAAGUCAUCUUGGGUGACAUGUCCUGGUCUCGGGGCUCAGGAUUGUGUGUGGCAACCGUGCAGCAAGCCAAAGGAGCUGCUUGGGUAGGGGGCAGAAUUUAGCUGGGGGUGGGGUAGAUGGAGGCAGGCUGGCGUGUUGGCCCUUUGUGUUUGGUGCUCCACUAGCAAUGUCUUGGAAUUGCACCCAGGAAAUUGCACCCACGUGCCAGCAUCUUGCAGGGAAAGGAGGGCUUGUCUGCCCUCUAGGGGCAGCCCUCUAGGGACGCUUGUCUGCCAUUCUUGGUCGUCUUAUUGAGGGAACGCCUGGGUCUCUCAGCACACAGUUUGAAGAACAUUGCAUUAAAGGAACAUGUUCUUAUACGGUUCCAGAUUUGAAGGGGCUGCAUUCUGAUGGGAGCCCCCCCCCCCACAUCCGACAGGGGGACUACUGGCAGUCCUAGGCCACAUCCGCACCAAAUACUUAACUAUGAUAGCAGUUGUGGCUCCCCCCAAAGAAUCCUGGGAACUGUAGUUCGAGCACUAGAAUAGGACUAAGGCCCCUCCUUCCUCUCAUAGAGUUACUGUUCUUAAGAGCUGUUUAACAAUCCCUUCCCCCUAGGAAUUCUGAGUAAUUGUAACUAGGUGAGGGGAACAGGGGUCUCCUGACAACUCUCGGCACCCUUAACCAACCACAGUUCCCACGUUCCGUUGGAGAGGAAUCCUAUAAAGUGGUAUGAAAGGGCUUUACAUGUGUGGUGCGGAUGUAAAGGGCCCGAAUGGGUUCAUCUGGCGGUGCUUGGAUCAGUGACAGAGGCUGGGUCGGUGCCUCUGGAAGAUGCUGUCGAAAUUUCCCAGAAUGCCCUGGGGUGACACCGUUGUGGGUAUUUUCAUGAGUGUGUCUGUGGGAAAUGGAAGCUUUCAUAUAGUGCUGACCUGAUGACUAGGGAUUUUUUUGGUAUUGUAAUUUCUGCAGCUCCAGGACUGCUUGAAUGAGCAAGAAUGGAGGGUUCAGGAGGCCCAGUGGGUCUGGCUGUGGCAUGUCGUUUCGAAGAAGCACACCCCACCUGUGUUCUGCUCUUCUUUCCCUGCUCCCAGUGCCAGAAGUUUACUGGGCUGCUGGACAGCCAGUUGGCUUCUUUCUUAGCAAUAAUGUCUCAGGUGUUCCUCUUCUUUUUAAUCAGAUCUCCCAUCUCAUGGGAGGUAAAUGUAAUAUUUGUGCUCAUUAUGAUGAUUACUAUUUUGGAAGGAGCUGCUAAGACAAAGCCCUUUUGUUUGCUGGAGAGUUGUCUUGGCUGUGGGGUCCUGGUGCUCUCGGCAGUGGGUACCACAAGGUGUGUUUGUGUGUCCAGGGUCUGAGGGGCAGGUGGAGGCAAGCAGGCCCAGGAAGUGCCAAGAAAACCCGAUUUCUAGCAAGGCAGUUGUGUGCUGCAUUUUCUAUCACUCCCUGCAAGUCUGUGCUCGAGCAUAAUGGUUCAGAGCAUGAGCUAUGAGCCAGAAGGUCCCAGUUCAAAUCUCAGCUGAGCUACGAAUUUGCUGGCUGGCCUUUGGUGAGCUGCUGUCUCUCAGUUCUUGGGAGCCCUCUUUCUUUUCUCUAAUUUUGGGAAUAACAGUACUGGCCUACCUUACAGGGAUGUUGUAAGGAUUUCAAGGUAAUGUAAAGCGCUUUGAACGCUUCGGAAAAGUGCUCUAUAAAUACUAAGUAUUAUCAUUAGUGUUAUUCAGUGUAAGCAACGGUUCUAUUUUUCAUUGUCCUUUCCUUUUCUAAAGUUCAGAACAAUUGCACAAAUAUCCUACAAGCUCGUUGUUUUCUGGCUUUGUUGUCCUGUAAAUGACACGUGUUCAUAGCUGUGGGAGGAUAUAAACACCAGCAGAGGCACAGCAGACCUUGAAGCCUCUUUAGUCCCCUUGGAAUUCUCUUUAAGGCAGUGGUAGGGAAUAUGUGGCUCUCUAGGUACUGUUGGGACUGCAGCUCCCAUAAGCCUCUGCCAGCAAGGGAUGAUGGGAGUUGAACAUCUGAAGAACAGAUCUUUGGCAAGCAGUGAAAGUGUUAAGCACAUACACAUGCACACCUCUUCCUGUUUCUCUUAACCCUUCUGGAUGCAGCAGCUUUUCCUGCUUUAAAAAAGUACGCCAUGUUACACAAGUUGCUUCAGUUGUAGAUGACUCGUUUAUUUAUCAUCAGUCCUUGCUUGUUUGCACAAAGUCGGCAGGGUAUACACCGACUGGCCGUUUAUUGAGCAUUCAUUCUGAUUUGCUUGUGGGGAAAGUGAUGCCACGAGUCACAUCAAGCAAUUGCCAUUCCACACACUUUGUGCAUUUUUGAGUCACUUUCCUUUACAGCAAAAAAAAAGUGUUGUUUUGUUAGUAGGUGUGUUGCACAAGAUUGCCAAACCCGCUUUAAUCACAUAACCAGAAUUUCCUGGCAUGUGAUUUAAUCCCACCUGCAAAAGAGCAACAUCUGGAAGCACCUGCAAGCCUGCCUACGCUGUCUGAUUUGGCCCUGCAAGAAAAUAGGGAGUUUCUUGGCAGUAUCCGGGCACAUAGAACAAAGUUUGAAGUGUGUCUGGCAAAAUUCACCUGGCUGCACGAUGAGACUCUGAUUUGCCCAUACCUCCACAGCCCAGAUUUCUGAUUUGAUCACAAAAGAUAAUGUGAUCUUACUAUGGGCCAGCUUCUACUGUUGACUAGCUUAUUCAAAGAGUUGCAGGCCCAGGUGUCCGUCAUGGCACCAGCCAUAACCUGAAUCCACCUGUUCUACGUAUUAAUGGAAAAAGCGAGGCUGCUGAGAAAUGCCAAAAAGGUUGAAUUAUCUGAAUUGAUCCCAGGGGCACGGAAUUGCUCUAGGACAGGCACCCCCAAACUGCGGCCCUCCAGAUGUUUUGGCCUACAACUCCCAUGAUCCCUAGCUAGCAGGACCAGUGGUCAGGGAAGAUGGGAAUUGUAGUCCAAAACAUCUGGAGGGCCGAAGUUUGGGGGUGCCUGCUCUAGGCAAGGAACGGGCAUCUGCUUGGUUGUCAUAGAGCAGGCAUGUUGCACCUACAAGUGUGGUUUGACGAAAAAGUCCCGUUCUCCCUCACCAGUGGAUAUUGGUGGCUGGAAGCUGACAUCCAACCCCAUCUGGAGGGCCACAAGUUCCACAUCCUGGAAGAGCAUGGGAGUAAGGCUUUCCUGAUUUCAGCUGCCAUUUGCAGAGCUGUGAUGAUGGCGCUGCUUCUGCUAAGGCAGGAGGGAAAUGUACAGUCAAAGGUCUGUGUUGGUUUCCCAAGCCUGUGUGCACGCAGGUAAUUCAAUUUUAACGGCUUGAACACACAGCUGUCGGGAGUUCAGGAGUUCACAUUUCAGCUGUUGAGAGCUGAAGUGUUGAGAUUCUCUUGUGGAGACGAGCCAGGAACCUCUGCCACCCAAGGCCAGGAGAAACAGUCCUUUAGUGUUUUGUAAAUCCUUUUUGGCAUGUGCCACGUUCCCAUCGAGGCAGAGGUAUCACGGAUCAGCUAUGCUUGAAUGGGACACAUGCCUAGCAGUCUGCCACUACAAGCUAUGCAUAUUUGGGUAAGGUAUUUCGGAUGUAGGGCAGAAUGAAUGCUGCUGUGAAUUGUGGCAGUGCUGGCUUUCACAGCAAUGCAAGUUUGACGCUGAAUGCUCCUACCUCUGCCUCUUGCACAGUGUGCUGCUGAGGCAUUUUUGCAACAAAGGCUGACUCUCCAGUGUGAUUCUCCUGAAGGAUAAAGGUGUUUUCUCUUCCAACCUUGACUCCCAGAUGCUAUGCUGCAACUUGGCAGUGUAGGGUAAACCACCUCACCAAUAUCUUAAAAAGUAUUGAUGUCCUCAAAUGUCUGCAGCGCUUCAGCAAAGUUUUGGGUUGCUAAAUAUUAAAAUGCAGGCAGUGUUUUGUUUUGUUUUGUUUUGUAAAAAGAUCUGAAUCUUAUAGCUGAGAUUGCUUUGCCUUCCAGCCUGGUGAUCCACAGGUCCCUUUGCCUCUCCCUUUCUUUGCUUGCUUAGGAUGCAGCAAUUAUGUCCUGCAGAAAAACAUGUGAACAACGGGGACAAUUGAGAAACCGUGGCCCUCCAGAGGUUGCUGGACUCCAUCAGCCCCAGACAGCAUGGCCAGUAACCAGGUGUGAUGAGAGUUGGGAGUCCAACAUCUGGAAGGCUGCAGGUUCCCUAACUCUGUCUUAAAAGUACAGGCACACUAGCUUGACAUAUGGCAACCUUCUGCAAGAUGCUGAGGUGGGUCCUUUGCCAAGCUACAAGCCUAGGAGAAGCUAGCCCAUGUGACCAACUUCUAGUGAGGACGACGACAGAACUCUCCUAAGCUGACUGAUUCUCCUGAGGACUUUUGGGGGGCCUCUGUCUGGUGCUCCCCGGCCAAACAGGAAAGCUGCCAUCUGGGCAUUCCCCGAUUUGUCUGCCUUGGCCUUGUGGCUUAAUCAGCUUGGUUUUUGCUGGGGGAGAACUGUAGGUUACGACUUCUGAGGUUCCGCAAUUGCAAUGAGGGCAGAUUAACAGCAUCCUCUUCUGCUAGUUCAGUGGCAAGCAGCUGCUGAGCUUUCUGACCCCAUUCUGACUGAAAAGCUCCCGGGUUUGUGAAAUUACAACCUGGUAACAUCUGCUGCCUUGCCGGGGUGGUGGGUGGGGAGGGGCUUGCCUGGAUGGUGGUGCUGAGAAAGGGCUCAGGGCACUUAGCAAUAUUUCAUAGAAUUGUAGAGUCCCCUUCCUGGCUUAUGUUUGAAGUGGAGAAGGUUUCCUCCAGAUCAUUCAGUGCCAGGGAAAUGAAUGUCCUCCCCCCUCUCCCCCAAAUAUUUCCAUGUUUGUUCACAGAAAUACUUCCAUAAUCCUCUUAUUCUAGUUUAAUCACUACAUAGUCUGUGGUAGCAAUUGCAGAGAUUAGAACUGUCACUCUGCUGUUUACUCGUUCUUUCAAAGGAAGGCUGCAUUUGUGAGAGGAGCCAGCCAAAUACAGGACUUGCCUAUGUAUCACUUACAUAGGGAUGAGCGGAGAACCUGUGGCUGUCCUGGUGUUUGUUGGACUUGAGCUUCCACCAGCCCCAGCUAGGGUGGCCAAUGGUCCAUCAACAUUCUGGCUACUCCUCGGUUAAAUCUUCUGUUGCCUUUCAGCAUGGUUACAACUCCAGAUGUUGCCCAGCAUUUGUCAUGCUUAAGGGGUCUAGAAGCUCCAUUGUGUCUCUUGCUUCCCACAACGAUUUACUGUCUAAUAUAGCGGAGCCUGACAGUUGAGAGAAGAAGAAGCUGCCCCUGGACUUCAGAAGAGGAGGAGGAGGAGGAGGAGGAGGAAGAAGAAGAAUCUCUGUUGCUUGUUUUAUCAGGAUGCUUGUGAACCAGCCAAGUCCCUCCAUGCAAGUUCCUGUUCUGUGCCACUUUGUGUGUUGGCUACUGGGCAUUUCCAGGGGGAAUAGAUUGCACUCUCUUGCUGCAGGGCAGGCAUAGGCAACCUUGGCUCUCCAGAUGUUCUGGAACUACAACUCCCAUAAUCCCUAGCUAACAGGGCCAGUGGUCAGGGAUCAUGGGAGUUGUAGUUCCAAAACAUCUGGAGAGCCAAGGUUGCCUAUGCCUGCUGUAGGGUGUAAUACUGUUUCAAAUAAAAACCUCAACAUUUUUCUUAAAACGCUAGAGCCACACAAGCAGCUGUUUUUUCACUGUGCUGCAACACUUAUUCUGUACAAGCUAAGGUUAAUAAAACUGGCUGCUACCAUCUCAUGUGUGAAUGAUACACAUCCUAAUCUCCUGCAGUCCCUUCUUGCCUUGAAGACCUUGCGGCAAUUCAACAGGAUUCUGCAAAGCAAGGGAUUUGGUAGGGGAAAAACCCCCUCUCCGAUUGUUACUAAAUAUCAGGGACCAUGGUUGAUUUCUCAUUUUCCUUUCCCGUGUUUUUGGUCUCGGGGAGUGUAGUGUUAAAAUGUUGAUAGCGCACAAUGCUAACACUGAGUUGUAUCCAAGGUUUUUCAAACUCGAGAAUACCAAUUACAAUUAAUAAAAGGUAAAGGUACCCCUGACCGUUAGGUCCAGUCACGGAUGACUCUGGGAUUGUGAUGCUCAUUUCGCCCUAUAGGCCAAGGGAGCCAGCGUUUGUCCACAGACAGCUUCCAGGUCAUGUGGCUAGCAUGACUAAACCGCUUCUGACGAACCAGAGCAGUGCACGGAAAUGCCGUUUACCUUCCCGCCAGAGCGGUACCUAUUUAUCUACUUGCACUUUGACGUGCUUUCAAACUGCUAGGUGGGCAGGAGCAGGGACCGAGCAACGGGAGUCCCCCCCCCCCCGGUCGCAGGAAUUCAAACGGCAGACCUGAUCGGCAAGCCCUAGGCUCAGUAGUUUAGACCACAGCGCCACCUGCGUCCCUAUUACAAUUAAUGGGCAUGGCUAAUUUAGGUCCAUCCAGUUCCAUGGGUCUGAGUAGAACUUAGCUGGAUACAACCAAUUGCUAUUUUUCAGGCCUCAGCUCUCUCCCCAGGGUCUCUACAGCACCUUUAAAAUCUCACUUUGAAAGCUCCCAUGUGCAAAACACUCCCUGGAAAUGGAAAGGCAGUCAGCUUAAAAUGCCUCUUACCGCUUACCCUUAAGAGGAACCCCCCCCACUUUCACUGCAUCUGCAUUCUGGGGUGCUAAAAUCUCAGAAGCAUUGGGAGACUUGCCUCCCCCACGGCCAAAUGCUGCAGCAAAAAAAACACAGCACAAAAGCAAGCUGUGUGCACCCUUUUUAAAACCAGAAAAGAAACCUAAAUGAAGGAAAGUGGAAAUGAGAGUAAAUGUAUCAGGUAGCAGAUGCAGGGAAAGACGGGGGCCUGAAACUCUAGGCAGCUGAGGCCAGUCAGAGUACUACUGAGCUAGACAGACAAUUUUCUUGGCCUACUAUAAGGCUGGCUCCUAUGUGCCUAAUGCAGAUAAAAAGGAAAACAGAACUAAUCUGGGCAUGGGGAUGUAUGUCAUAAAGACAGCUGCUUUUCUGGCAGCUAUUUUGCUUGCAGAAUGUCCCACACCCAGCUUCAGUCCCUUAGCAUCUCUGCUGAAAAGCUGGGGUAGGGGGAGAGAAGAGGUGGUGUUUAAUGCUUCCUCUACUAUGCUGUUUUUCUGAUUUAAGUACGCUGCCCAGCUGCCACUGAUUCCUUGGCGCGAAAGCUAGAUGUACUAGCUGGCUCCAUCAAUUGCGUAUUCUUCCGCUUAUGUGACAUUUAAAUGCGAGAACAGCAGACAGGCCAGGAAGGAUUUUAAGAAACAAGAAGUGUGCUCUAUCAUAUAAUGUUUUAGGUACUGCUAAGACUCAUCUCUUUCCCUGCCCCAUUUCUCCCUCUCUCUAUGUCUUAUGCCUCAUUUCACCACACACCAAUUAUGCUGCCGUGUGCAAGCAAAUUUAGAUUUUGCACCGUUAGAAUAAACUGCAGAGGGUAGAUUUCAGGGUCAAAAUGUAUACCUGCCAAUUAUUACUACAAACUUUCUCAUAAUUACAAAUAUAACACUAAAUCUGUUGCAGCCCUUGCAAUGUGGGGAAUCUCUGGCCCUACAGUUCAAAAGCUGGAGGGCCACAGGUCUCCCUUGCCCUACAACAGGGGUCAGCAAACUUUUUCAGCAGGGGGCCGGUCCACUGUCCCUCAGACCUUGUGGGGGGCCGGACUAUAUUUUGGGGAAAAAUAUGAACGAAUUCCUAUGCCCCACAAAUAACCCAGAGAUGCAUUUUAAAUAAAAAGACACAUUCUACUCAUGUAAAAACACCAGGCAGGCCCCACAAAUAACCCAGAGAUGCAUUUUAAAUAAAAGUACACACUCUACUCAUGUAAAAACAUUCUGAUUCCUGGACUGUCCACGGGCCGGAUUUAGAAGGUGAUUGGGCCUCAUCCGGCCCCUGGGCCUUAGUUUGGGGAACCCUGCCCUACAACAUUUCAAAGUAACAAAUGUGGGGGCAUCAUCAUUAUUUAAAAUAACAAACCAUUAAAGCUCCACCUGAACAAUAAUAAAGUGGAAGCAAACGAGUGCAGCAGAAAAUCUCCAGCAUCAGUGAAUAAAAUUGCUUAUUCAUUUUGAAAGGUCUGGGCUAAUAAAAAGGCUCACCAUCCAGCCUGAAUGUUUGCCACUCCAGCACCACUAUGAGCCUGCCUGUUGGUCUAUCCAGAGAUUCCUCUACCUAUUCCACAGCACAUUGAGUGCUGGUUCUUCUUGCUGCUGUGACCAUGUCAGGAUACUUCCAAAGGAAAGCACUGAGAGCACAGCAAACUGUUUAUUUUCCUUAGAGGUGUUCAGCAGUAAAUGCUUAAAUGGAAGUGUCCUAUUACUCUUAUGUACACAAGAGGACAGUAAAAUCCUCCACGUGCAUGCAAAAGGGGGGGGGAAUACCCUGAAGGGGGAACAUCACAGCCAGCCUAGAUGCUUUUUCUUUGUUGUUUCCAUUCUACUGUCCAGUUUACCUAAAGAAUUAGCAGUGCUGGAAAGUAGAGAGAGGUAGCUUGCUAGGGUGACAACUGGAGAACAUGUCCCAUUGGAGCUGCCCCUGGUUUUCUCCUGAAGGAGCUGUGCUUCUGCACUGCCAAUGAGACACAAAUUGCAACCUCACCCAGCUUAUUCAGCAGCGACUAUCUUUGCAGUAACUACAAACAAUAAAAACACAUGCCUGUGGAGGGGGUGGGAAUUAGGUGAGCUGCUUCAAUGAAAUAAGCAAGAUCUAGAAAAUGUUACCCAUUGAUUCUACCGUCCCCCCACUGACUGGAUCCUGCCCUCUGUCUCCUGCAAGUGAUGCUUCCCAGUUCAUUAUUAGUGCCUUCUUUAGCAUGGAAGCUGUGUCAUCCUAUCCCACGCCUGCCACCAACCCAGCUUCUCCAUAGAUCUUCUGUAGUGGUGAGAAAUUGUCCAAAUAGCACAGGGAAAUAUAAGUUUGGUUUGUAUCUUUUUCACGCAGCCUGCAAAAGUGCUUUAGCCUCUUUGUGGCUUUUCCAGCUCUAGCUGCUUUAUCUACCCUGUCCAAUCAAAACAGGGUUAUGCACAGAUCAGAGGCAGAUGCUGCGUUAUACCAAGUCAGACUGUUUCUCCAGGUAUUGCCCACUGUGAUGAGAUCUGGCUUUGUCCCAUCUCCUGUCACCCUGAUCCUUUCAACUGGAGACUCACUUUCUGCAUGCAGUGUGUGUCCUCGACCAAAGAAUUGUGGUCCUUCUCCAUAUCCUACGAAGCAGGAAAGGGCCUCGACGUAUUUGGACCAGCACAUGCAGAAAACAUCCAUAUGUAAAUAAGCAAUUGUGAAGAUAUCUAAAUGAGACUUGAUAGACACUCUCAAAAGGCAAGCAAUAAUGUUUUUGUACAUCUAUGAACUUCGCCUGAGAUUGUCAGCAAUCGCCUGUAUCAUAGGUGCACAGGAUCUACAGAUAACAACAGCUGUAGCCAACUCCUCUAUGAUCUUCUGUACUAUUUGGUUAGAUGGCACAACUAUCCACUUUUACCAUCUCAAAAAGGUUGCUGUGACCAAGUCAGGGCAACAGGUUAGUGGAGCAGACCUCUGGCUUAAUCAAUAACCUUCAGAUUAAGAGAUGGUGUUGUGUGGGUGCUUCAACUCCCUGCUCACUCAUGCAGCUCACUGGGCCUGUCCCUACCUGAUCUACUUCACAGGGUUAUUGUGAGAAAAAGUGGGGCGGCGGCGGGAGAACCAGGCAUACAGCCUUGAAUUUUGCACUAUGAGCAACAUAAAAACCCACAUAAGUAUCUAAUUAAAACACAGCCCUUCCUCUCAACAGAGGGACCACAAUGCUUAGGGUCCUGCCCAUCCUUUUUUCUCUCCCCAGCUGUUACAUCAAUAUUCCAUUAGAGAUGGCCCUGGCUGCACCCAGAAAGGAGCAGGCCUUUGGCCUUCGCUCCAGUAGCUGUCCAGCAGGUUUUUCUGGCACUGCGAGUAUGCUAUAGAUUUUUAAGGCUAUCAAAAACACAAUGCAUGGAUUACAGUGUUUACAGACUGGGCUUUAACAAUCCAUUCAUGAAAAGUGGAAUAGGCUAAGGGUUAAGAAAAGUGGUUGCACAGUUUCCUGGGUGAAAUUUUUCCGUGAUCGACAUGACACUCUGAAAGAUAAGCCUGCUGGUAUGCCCAACCCCCAGUCCCACUCCAGAGGAAGAAAGGUGUGUAGAUCAGAGGUCAGCAGGAAGCCUCCAGAGGUUUUGUCAAGGUAUCGGCUGGAACCUAAGUGGGAUUUUGACUCUCCCAAACAGCAAAGUUGUUUCACUUAUGUGGGUAGAAAGCCUUAGCAUUUCCUCUAUUCCCCUGUGCAAUAAGGCUUUCUUUAGUUUCCUGAAAAGCUGCUCUGCAAGAUUUUUUUUAAAAAAACAUGGGAAAACAACUCAUUCCACACUUCAUACACACUGAAGCUGUCUCUUCUAUAUUUAGGACACAUGCCACAUAUAACGGUUGCUAUGAGAUACCAACUACAGACAAUUUGGGAUUUUCAAAUUAAGGGUUCUAUGAAAAGACGUUUCCCCCAUUAUGUCACUCUUUAGAGAGGAGGCAUGUAAGUUUUUCGAACACCUACCAAAUUGGGUGCAACCCAAUGUACUAGUCAGCUACGUUUAUCCUUUAUCAAAACAGGGCUGGCUGUAGCACAUGGCCAGAUUAGAUGGACACCUUGAGCGGCAGAAUACGGCUUCCUUUUUGAAUUUGGGGAUUAUUGCUCAUACCUUCCAUUUCUAUAUACAGCUGCAUGUCUAAAACAUGUGAGAGGUGCUUUCACACCUUCCCUUUCCAGCAUCCUCUUCAAGCAUUUCCACAAUCUCCCUGAGCAACUGUUUCCAUUGUUGAUCUGUUUAAACGGUUAAGUUCUGAACACUGGAGGCUCCCACUGGCAAGGCAUCAUAUGGCAAGCAGUGAGCAAUCUUAACUGGAUGCACUGCUGCUUCCCUCUUUCCCCACCCACACAGCACACCAUCAGUUGAUGCUUAUCUGACAAACACUAUAUAAGCAGCUCCAAUCUUACAAAAAAAAGUGUUUGUCUUUCUCUUUCUACUUGUUGACGCCCUUGUUAUUUUGAAAUUGUUUGCGUUUCUCCAUAUAUAAAGAGAAGUAGUUUCACCUGAAGGCUACUGUACUAAACCUCUCUAGGCAUAUUUACCUUGGAGAGAGUUUUAUCGAAUAAGGUGAGAACUACUUCUGAGCGAAUGUGCAUAGGACUGCAUUGCAAGUUCCCUAGUCUUUUGUAGUAUCAAGGGAGAGAUGGGAGAAAAUGAAUCUUCCCCAAUGCUCAGUAUCAUGUCAUGCAGCGUCAAGCAUUUCAAAAUAAACAGCUCAAAGUCACCUAAACCUUUCUUCGCUAUUUCUUGUGAAAGUUUUAUCCCACCACCAUCACCUGUAUUUACCCUCCAAGAUGCUAACUCCUGACACCCCUUCUUCAAUCCCAAAUAAUUCCAUUAGCAGCAACUGGAAUCAAACAGA